AAAUACUGACAGACAACCCCUAAUGCUCUUAACAAAAAUCGCAAACUGUAUGCAAUCGUGAUGGAAUCUUGAAUUAUGGCAGGCAAUAUUACCCUCGAACAUGUUUUUCUAUAGUCCAUUAUCAAUUACCUAUUUGGACUUUGCAUCCAAUGGUAUCAUGCGUGUUUAAUGUUAGUGUUACAAUUCCAAUACAAUUUCGAAUAUUUCAUGGAAAUUAAAACCUUCGCUAUCAAGAAUAUAGAAAGCGUACAGCACAAAAAUACAUUUGUAACGGACGUAGCGAGAGAGGUGGGUUCGUCCAGAGAAUUCGUGUCGAUUUUUUCAAACAAUUAGUAUUAUUUUAAGGAUUUUAUAUAAAACAUGAAAAUAAUCGAAUUGAAUUGUGUUUGAAACUCGAAGUACUCGAAGAUAUAUUUUGAAGGUUUUAGCAAGACAACAGGCAGCCAAACAUGGAUUUUUCGAAAUUAAAACAGUCAAGACUAUUUCAUUUAUGUUUUGCCAUUACAUUUUUUACAUCGGGCGUGAUUGUGAACCUAGUCCAGUGUCUGUUUUAUCUUGUGUUAAGGCCAUUUAAUAAAAGACUCUAUAGGAAGUUAAACUGGUAUUUUUGCUUUACAAUAUAUUCACAAUUAGUUUUUCUGGGAGAUUGGUGGUCCGGUUCUCGUAUAAAGUUUUAUAUUGAUAGAGAAGAAUUUGAUAGAUAUUAUGGUAAAGAACAUGCCUAUUGUGUAAUGAAUCACAGUUAUGAAAUUGACUGGUUAGUCGGGUGGAUGAUUUGUGAUAGAAUUCAUCUCUUAGGGAAUUGUAAAGCAUAUGCCAAAAAAGUUAUACAAUAUGUCCCUGUGUUGGGAUGGGGGUGGAAGUGUGCAGAAUUUGUUUUUCUUGAAAGAUCAUUUGAAAAAGACAAGAGAGUGAUAAGUUCACAAAUCACUGAACUAUCGGAACAUCCAGAUCCAAUAUGGCUGCUACUCUUCCCAGAAGGCACAAGGUUUACUCCAACCAAGCACAAAAUCUCUCUAGAAUUCGCUCGCCAAAAAAAUUUGCCAGAAUUGAAGCACCACCUUCUUCCAAGAACCAAAGGCUUCAUUGCCAGUUUGCCGUCGAUGAAAGGCAAAAUUCCAGCAUUGCUAGACAUCGAAAUCUGUUUUGAUGAAAAAGAGACGAACAAACCUACAAUAACGGAUCUCUUAUUUGGCAAACCUGUAACUGCUCAUAUGUAUAUGAGGCGCAUACCGUUAGAAGAGUUGCCUGAUACUGAACACGAACAAGAAGAAUUUCUCAGGGAGAUGUUUAUUAGGAAAGAUAAGCUAAAAGAUAGUUUUCUUAAAACAGGAGAUUUUUUUGCAACUUCGGGUGUUCCUAGGGUAGAACCGUUUGAGAUUGAACGUAGAAUAAAUAGUUUAAUAAAUAUUGCCGUUUGGGUCGUCCUGAUAUGUUGCCCAAUGGUAUACUAUUUAAUUAGACUGCUUUUCAGUGGAGAACUGUUAUACUUUUCCAUUGGCGCUAGCAUUAUAGGAGCUUUUUAUUUGUUAUUAAAUAAAACAAUUGGAAUGUCCGAGAUUGGGAAAGGUUCGUCCUAUGGUACAAAUACUCCAAAGAAAAACGCAUAAGUAGUGCUUCAGGUAUUAUUUUUAAAUGUAAGACAUUGCGUUGUUUGUGCCAAGCUGUUAGGCAUUUAAAAUUAACUACUAAAUCGUUCAAUUUUUAAAAAUGAAACUACAACUAGCGUUAAACGCAACAGUACAAGAGAUUGUUAAGGAUUAGUCAGCUGCAGAAAUAAAACGACUCAUUUGUUUUAUAUUCUAUUCACAAACAUUGUAACAAUAGAAGAUUAAUGUUCUAAAUUAUUAGAAUUUUUUUAUGUAUAUUUGUUAAUGUUAUAUAAAUAGAAAAAAUUAA